CUUUUAACCACCGUAAAGUCAUCGCUGUCACAACAAGAAGUUCAUAACGAAAGCCGGACGACCUGUGGAGGAUUUGAAUGGGUACCAGGUGGUGUAAGCCUUUGUAGAAAGUUAGUUCUGAUCGCCUUUGGUUUGGACUUAGUACUCGUCAUGUCUCGAGAGUUGAGUGAUAUUCCUGAGGAUUCAAUGUCGGAUGUUUGUGGUGAGGUGGUAAGUUCCGCUUCAAAUAAUUGUUUGGAUGAUGUUUGGGAGAAGUCUUCGCCUUUAAUUGUUGAUCUAUCGGAGAAUGCCGAAAACAAAGGAUUUUUCCAUGUGGAAAAUGAACAGCAUUCGUCGGAAGUUCGUAUCAGGAAGCUAACCGAAAAGGGUCAAUCCUAUCAAAACGAUAUAAAGUUGAACUAUUUCAAGAAUAAAAGGUCAAGUUUUACGGGAAUACAGAGAAAAACACUGUUGCUUCGGGGACAUUGUAAUGAAUUAUCAAAGUGGAAGCAAGAGCUUAGUAAGGCACAGGUUCUGUGGAAUGAAUUUGUGGAUGCAUAUAAUGACAUUUUGGAAACAGUUCAAGACGAUGAGUUAGCAAAGGUCAGGAACAUCUGGGAGCAAGUUUGUGGUGAGUGGUCUGAUUUUGAAAGGGAUUUGAGGGAUGAGAUAAAGUAUUUGGAACAAACAGUUUUGGAGUCUAAUUCUGUCAUUUCUAAGGGUUCAAAGAGGAGUAAAACAACCAAAAGUGUCAACUCAAAAUCAAGUUCAGACAGUGUACUUUCAACUAAAGUAGAUAAAUAUAAGCUUCUACAGGAAGAAGCUGCUUUGAAGGUGAAGCUAGCCUAUGUGGAACAAGAAAAGGCCCUAGAAAUAGAAAGGUUAAAACAGGAGCAGAAACUGGAAGAAUUCAAACUUAAGAGGGAACUUGAACUUAGUAGAGCCAAGUUAAGUGUAUGCAAAGAGAUUGAUAAUGAGCAAACACCCUCCCUUGAAGAAGAUCUGGGCAAUCUUCCUAGUGAUAGUAAAGGCGAAGGAGUGAAAAGAUUCUUGCAAUCUCUAACAGUAACUACCCGUGCAAAUGAGACUAAUACAUCAGUUCAGUCCAAAGUACAUGUUUCCAAAACACCUGUUUUGACAACAACAUCCACACCAAAGUCUACAACAUGUGGUUCGCAGGCUUCUGCUCCAUCAUUCUUACCGGGAGCCGUAACACAGUCAGUAUUUACUGUUCGUCAUUUUGAACCUGAACUUGGUCUUCCCAUUCAAACAGAAGCAGCUUGUACACAAGUUUUCUCGUCGGCAAAAACUGAUCCUGUUGUAACUAACUCCAUAAGUGGUCCAUCACCAAUUACGACAACAGUUAUGAAUUCCCCUUCAAGUUACCAAUUUGUUCAUCCUCAGGGUCAAGUUAACUCCUUCUGUGAAGGGUGGGAAAAGGUUGCUUCAUCA